GGUAGCCACCUGCAGCUUUACUGCUGUUUUCUGAGCGGAAACUCCCAAGCCUGAGUGCUUGUAGCAGCCAUGCUGCAGCCGCUCUGGCUAUAGCCCGCCCCUAUAGUGUCCUUAUUGGAUUCCUGGCCAAGGGGGUGUUGCUGUAAUGAUAGCAGCAGGGCAUUGAUAUGCGGGAGCUGCAGAGCGUUGUAUAAGAAGGAGCUGCAGGGAGCGGAGGAGGAUUAAGCAGGAUCACGUUUCUCCUUUGUGAACUGAAGAGAAAAGAAGAACUUUGUGCCAGAGCUGUGGUGUAAUAGUUGUUAAAUACAAGGCUGAAGACCAGUUCUGUGACAGCCUGGACCUCUUGACUACCUUUCAAAGCAAUGCAAAUUAACAAAAUGUUUGGGACCGUAGUGGUGGGAGUUGGAAUUGCUGGCUUAGCACGAAUCCGAGAUUUGAUGAAUCCAAUGCCUUCCAGCCCUUCUGAGAACCUGAAGCUCAUCGGAUUUGUAUCCAGGAGAAGUUUUGGCAAUAUUAAUGAGGCGAAGCAGAUUACCCUGGAAGAUGCUCUUACGAGCAAAGAGAUACACGCAGCCUUCAUCAGCACAGAGAACAGAAGCCAUGAGGAAACCAUUAGAAUGUUUUUGGAAGCUGGGAAACAUGUCCUUGUUGAGUACCCCAUGACUUUGUCUGCUAAGGCAGCCCAUGAACUCUGGGAGAUGGCUGAGCAGAAAGGUAAAAUCCUCCAUGUGGAGCACAUUGAACUUCUGACUGAAGAGUACAAGCAACUGAAAAAAGAGGUGGCUGGGAAAGAUCUGGUGAAGGGAACGUUACAUUUCACAGGUAGCGUCCUUGAUGAAAACAAAGCUGGAUUCCCAGCUUUCAGUGGAAUUGCCAGACUGAGUUGGCUGAUUGACCUCUUUGGAGACCUCACUGUAACCUCUGCCACCAGAGAAAAACAGAAGGAUAAAAAUUAUUCCAGAAUGACUGUUCACUUUCAGACAGCAAACAAGAAACCUCUGACUUGGAUUGAAGAAAGGGGACCAGGGAUGAGACGUGACAAGAAAAUCAACUUCUGUUUCACAAGUGGUUGCCUGGAGAGCUUCCCUCAAGCCCCAAGGUCUGCUGUGGGCCUUUUCAUGCAGGAUCAGAACCUCUUUGCUAAAAAACUGCUGGGCCAGGUAUCCAAGGAGGAGCUGGCUGCUGAGAAAUGGCGAAUUUUGCGGUGUCUUGAACUUGCUGAGGUGAUCCAACAGCACUGUGAACAGCCAGAGAAAAUCUGUUCCUGAGACUGCUCUUAGGGAAGGAGGAAUGCAGCAGAUGGGGAAGCUGUAGGGCUUGAGCUCACUGUUGCCAUCAAGCAGUUGCUAUUUCUGUUUCAUUGCCUUUUUCACUAGUUGUGAUUCCUAGGCUCUCCAAAUGGUACAGAGAGCCUGGGCUGUAGCCUGUGCCUUCUGGUGUGUGCCAGAACAAAGCAAUGUUACCCUGUUCUCAUGUAUUGCUGUUCUUCCAGGUAGAUAGGAACCUGUCAGCAAGCUUUCCUGUGGUUGUUUCUACUCAGUUCAGUUGGAAAUGUCCCUGAGAACAGAUUCUGGAGGACUCUCAAAUACUAAACAUAGUUUUCACUCCUGAGGUGUUUUUCUCCCCUCUAGAUACAUCUCAAAAUGAGAUGUGUCUCAGUAGUAUUCCCAUAGUAUUAUCUACAAAAAAAAGUAUUAUCUAGAAAAAAUAUUACCUAGAAUGAAGUUCAAGGCAAGUUCUCCACCUCUUCACUUGAUUUUCAGAACUUGUGCCAUCAUAGUCCUGCCAUUUUCUUCUAGAUGGCCUGAAUUGUUCUGUGUGUUUGCUCUAAUUAGUAGCUGUGCCUUUCUGAGUUUUUUGGGUUGUUUUUUUGUUUUGUUUUGCACAUUCAAAAUCAUCUGCCUUCAAACCAAACCUACACUGGUAUAAAACCAGAAUAGAAGAAAUAUCUUGUUAAUAUCGUAAUAAUCUUAAUAAUUAAUAUCUUAAUAUCAAGAAAUAUCAAGAAAUAUCUUGAUAAAUGCCAUGUUGAGUUUACUCAAUUUCUCCAGUGCCCUAUACCAACACAAAAAUCUUUUUCCAGCAGAAAUUAGAAUUGUACAUCAAACUAACACAUUGGCUGCCUGCUUACCAUUGAGUCUAUUUUUUUUUCCUUUUUUUUUCUUUUUUUUUUUCUUCUAGAAGCAGCAUAUUAUUGUCUUCCAUUUGUGCUCUUUAUCUAGUUCAGCAUGUGAAUGGAUGACAGCUAAAAUUAAUAUACACCCUGCCUUUAAGAAAAAAUAAUUAAUGGACUCCUGAAAACAGUGAAGUUCAUUUGAAAUAAGGAUAAAAUUAGAAUAGAACUGUAGAUAAUGGAGCAAUUUGCAAAUACAGCCAUGCAGUUAAGUUGUAUGACACCUGUGGGAUGGGUCUUUAGCAUUUUACAGUUGUCCCAGGAUCAUAUAUGUAGACAUUAUCACUUCCCUAAAGAAGCAUUUUAGUUUUAGACAUAGCCUAAACAGUGUAUAGAACUAUUAAAAAUUCCUCUGUUUGCCUUUUAUGUUCUAAUUACAGCAUCUGUUGGUGCUAUAUUAAUAUAGCAGAAAACUUUGGUCUGCACAGUUGUUCUUUGACACACAGAACCAUAAUUUCUUUUCUAUGUUAUCACUUGGGUAAUUUUUUAGUAAGGGGGUAUAAAUGUUGUAAACUUUACAGAAUUACAGCCAGUCAAUAUUGACAGAAAAAAAUUCUUCCUUUAGGUAAAUCAUGUUAAUUCUGAAGUUGGAUACAGCUGUUAACUUUGAAAAAGGGAAGGAAAAACUGUAUUUUUUCCCAAAUGAGUAAAAUUUUAGAAGCAACUCAGCUUGAUAUAUGAAUGAAUUGUGUGUGUGAAUUUGUUUUCAAGUCUAUCUGUUAAAAUCAGUGAAAAGCCUGCUGACUUCCAUGGACUGAAACCCACAUGGGUUGCCAGCAGAUCUGUGCAGACAGAUCGUGCACUUUUCCACCUGAGUGGGUACCUUGCUGAGCAUUCACAGGGUGUUCUUUACCAAUGUGAUGGAUGUUGUCUGGGCAGAUCUGAUGUUGUAUGAAGGGAAAAAGUGAGUUUGUGGUAAAAUGCAAAAAGUCCACCUGAGACUGGAAUGAAAUUAAAAUCUGCUGUGUAUGUCUGUCUGUUAUGGUACUGUUUCUUGACAAACUCCUCAGCUGUGAAUAUGGGAUGAAUGCCACUUGUUUACAUGCUAAUUCACAGUGGGUAGCAGGGGAAGGAAAGCAAGGGGGAGAUUCACAUUCCCCACAUACAGGCAUUAAAAUUAGCCACCACAUCUCCCUGGGCUUGCCCUGUAGUUGCAGGUGAGAGCAGUAUUCCUCUAAGAGCAUAAAUUCAGGGAGCUCUGCAGAGCAGCACUAUAACAUUGUGCCAUGAAUCACCCUCUGGAGAAGUUUCUUUCUGUAAAGAGCACCUGGGGAAAUUAGCUGGUUAAUUUGGGCUAGGUAAGGCAGAUGCCUGAAGCUGCAUAUCCUGUUCUCAUAUCCACUCCCCUCCCCAUGUCUCCCAGCUAACCUGCUUGCAUACUGCUGCCUGCCCUGCUCCUUGGAGCCUGCAGCAUUCAAAUGAAACUUUUCCUUUAGCCCUGUGAAUUUGCCGAGGUUUCUGUAUGAGAGCUACUGGAUGUUAAGCUUCAACCAUAUAUAUUGUUUAAUCAGAUGUUGAAUUCACUAAUAAAAUAUUUGAGCUC